ACGGUGGCAGAUUCGGAAAAUCAUAGACAAAGAUAUAGUUAACUUUAAAAAAAUAAGUAUCAAUGCCAGCUAAAUUUAUUAUAAAACACUACCAUCACGAGGUAACUGGAUUUUACGAGUUGUCACUUUUAAAAGCGAUCAAGUUCACAAAUACUAACAGCACCCUUGUAACGCAAGAUUUUACCGAGUUGUCAAUUUUAAAAGCAAUCAAUUUAAACAAAUACAUUCAUCUUGAUAUAUAAUACCAAACUAUCAUUCAACCACUCAUCUUGUAUCUAAUUUUUCUUUUUUGUCGCAGGCUGCACUGCAUCCCACUGCACAUUCAAAAUUCCAUGUUUUUCAAUACAAUGUCUUCACAUUUUAUCAUAAUCUUUGGCUUUUCUCUUGUUUUUGCUAGUUUUGUCAAUGGAGUAUACGAGGAUGAUGUUAACUUUGAUCAAAACUAUGUUCCCCUAUGGGCAAAUAAUCAUAUCACUCGUCUUUACAAUGGCACAGAAGUGCAACUACUAUUGGAUCAGUCCUCAGGAACUGGUUUUAGAUCAAUCUCGGAUUAUGGUUCUGGAAGAUUUGGCAUGAGGAUGAAAUUACCGGAUAAAAAUACGUCUGGAAUUGUAACAAGCUUCUAUGUAUUUGGUAGUCAACCAGGAAAUCAUGACGAACUCGACUUCGAAUUCAUUGGUAGUAGUACACUUCUGCAGACGAAUGUAUUUGCAGAUGAUUCUGGGGGUAGAGAAGAGAGGUAUCAGCUUUGGUUUGACCCUAGAAAGGACUUCCACCUUUACGAAAUCCUCUGGAACCAGUAUCUUGUUGUGUUUUAUGUUGAUGGAGUUCCGGUUCGUGUAUUCAAGAACUACAAAGACAAGGGAGUGAAUUACAUUUCGAACCCGAUGAACAUCCAAGCAACCAUAUGGUCAGCACCCUGGGCUGGACCUGUGAACUGGAAGGAAGCACCAUUCAUUAGUAGCUACAGAAGAUUUGGUAUAGAUGGUUGCGUAUCACAGAGCACAAGUAUCGAUCCAAAAUGUCUGUCACCAGGCCUUCCAUGGAAUGUGCAGAAAGAUCUCAGCCCGCGAGAACAAAUAAUGCAUCAAGAAUUCAGGAAGAAGAAUGUGGUGUAUGAUUAUUGCUUAGACAAGGCAAGACAACAGCAUCACCCUGAGUGUCUUCUCCCUCAUAUCCCACCUGAUUAAAGCUACAAAAUGAUUUA